AUUCGAUUGACUACUCAUGGAUUCACAUGCUCACUUUUUUUAUUGAUUUAUUAUUUUUUUUUAAACUAUCUUCUAUUAUUUGCUGAAAACUAUUCAGUUUUUGGUCAACCCAUUGUCUCAUUCUGAACAUACUGCUUUACCGCCAAAUUGUGGCAUCGUGGUGUUAAAAAUGAGUUGAGGCGCUUUAUGUAGUGCUUUACUGCCAUUUUGUGGCAUAGAUUUUCUCUUGUUUAAAAUAUAAUUUCAAUACUAUUUAGCUGUGUUGCUAAUGUGGUGUAAAUGCAUGUGGGUUAACUGUCUUCAAUCACAAUGAGGAAAACCUUUCACAGGUAAAACUAUAUUUUUGCUUAUAUUCAAAUGUUUUGUAUUGAUAGCACACACUUUGGCGUUGACAAGAAAAGUAAACUUCAUGAAAAUCGGUUGAGAAAUUAGCAAGUUAUGACUUAAUUUCAAUAUCCAUGCAUUGCCUUUGAUAGGGCCGUUGACUUCCCCAACAUGGCUGCCACGUAGCCAUGAUUCUUGUUGUUAGCUGGGCUGCUACAGCGCACUGGUGUAUCUAAGAGACUUGAGCCCUUGGAACAGGGGUGUCAAAUUUAUUUUUGUCGCCGACCACGUUGUCAUUACGGUUUUCCUCAGAGGGUCAUUAUGAUGGUAUAACCGGAUAAAUGUUGAAUCGCCUUAUUAUAUUAUUGCAUAUACACAACAUUUGAAUGGAUAACUAGUUUUAAAAUCAGAAGUCAAGGAUAAUAGUUUGUUGUACAUCAACUAUUGAUCAAGUUAGUGUAAAAAAGGGGUUUGGUAACAAAUGCUUGCAAUAACUCGACAUUUAUUACAUGACAACUUGAAAUUUUGGUUUUAGUAAGAAUCAUGGAAGUUGACACACAUUUGCUUUCAAGAACAUAAAAUUUCCUGCCUGUUUUUGAAAUGUGGAAGGAUACCAGAGAACCAGAGGAAGACCGACACAAGUCCACACAGCAAUUCUGGAGCCAGGAUAUGAACCCAUGACCUCUGAACUGUGAGCAGGAUGUGCUAACCAGUCGGCCACUUUGCUGGCUAUUUCUAAUUAUUAUAAUCUGAUUUGUGUAUUUGUCUCUUUGUAUGUAUUUGAGCUGAAUGCGUUUGGUGUGGUAGAUUUUGAGAUGGCGAUCAGAGACUGCAAGGCCUCAGGUUCGGCGCCAGUGACUUUUCACAAAUGUUCUCCCCCCCCCCAGUUGACAACUCGCUAUUUCCAUCCAUUUUCACUUCCUGUAUGCGUCUCAAUACUUUCUUCUGUACUAAGGGCAGCAUUGAGAAGGUAUUGAUACAUUUAAAUCUAAUUGAAACAAGAAAAGAAAAAAAACGGAUUGUUAAUGUUAUCUGCUAAAACGUAGCUAUAAUCCAGUAAUAUUUGUCUAAUUUGUGCAAAGUGGUAAGUAUAUUGACAAAUAUUGUAUACAUAGUGAUAGAAUGAAGUAUAAUUCACUCAAUAUAUAAUGUAUGAAACUUGAUAUGCAUAAUGUCAACUUGCUUUAACAUCUUACUGUAUUUGUCAGUAUCUUAGUUUUUAUAUUUGGUGAAUGCCCUAUUCAUCUCCCAUGCUGGCGCGGUUGGUGGCGCACUGCAAAUGACUGCACAGAAAUAAUGCUUGUCCUUUAAAACAGUAAAAAAAAAUGGUCUACAAUAAUGUAUAAGGGGCAUAACAUGCAUUGCCAAUGUCAUAUUGAAGUGACAGCUCUGUGCUUUUGUUAUAAUGCAGAAUUUGAGUUUAGGGGGGGUGGCGUUAAAAGUUACAUACUAUAGCUUUAAAGCCGUUUGAACACUCUAUAUAUUCUUGAUAUCCAUCUUAAGGACCAUGCACUAGUAUGGUCUUUGUCUUUACUCGUAGGACAACUACAUGCCCUGUUGGUGCCCACACUAUACUGUUUACGGAUUAAAAAGUUACUCCAACAACCACUCCCCCCACGCCCCGGUUGAGCCCUCCCAAUCCAUAAAACCUAGUGACGCUCCUGUUGCUCGGAACAUUUCCCCCCCCCCCCCCACCACUAGUUACACUUUUACAGUUAAACCUUACUAGUAAUCUACUGUUCUUCACAAUAGUACACUCUUUGUCCUCAGUGGUAAGACAAUUUGGUGCAGUAGUUGGAUAUCAAAUAAAUGCUCCAGUGGUUUCCUGGCAAGCCGUUGGAGCACUUAUUCGACAACGAGUGCACAGUUUUGCAUCACAAGUAACGUAGCCUUUGCCAAAGUUGUCCUACUGAGUACAGACAACGUGCUAGUGCAUGGACUUUAAGAUGGCUAUCAAAGAUGACCGUUAAUAUCAUGUUCCUGUCUUUUGUAACACUGAGCGCUGUAAUCAGGAGCGCGCACGGCAGGGAACGCGCCGGCUGCAAAGCGUCUUUUUCGGUUCCCAUGGCAACCGGAACCACAAGUCGACACGCACACGGCAUCUCGCUUCCAAGUUUCGGGGCUUCCAAACCCACCUUGAUCCCCGACCAAGACGAAGCUUCACGGGCCGCUCGGUGGUUGAACGAUGGAGAACCUGUGCCACACCCUAGCGCCCUUGUCUCCGUGUGCCACCGUUUUUGGAGGGCCCUUCUCGCCCUCUUGUCACAUGACCUCCCUUCCCCUCUCGCCCAUCUCCUUCCCUCCAUCCCCGACGACGGCCGAGUCGCUCCCGUCCUCCUCAUCUUCCUCCUCGUCUUCCUGCUCUCCUCUUUCCAACUGUGCGGUAUCUCCGCACCUCGAGGACGACCUGACGUGCCUCAGCUGGCUGCACCAACGAGGCAACCUCCUCUCGCUCCAGCCGCUCCCCAAAGCGCCGCCGCCUCAGCCUCGAGCCGAGUCCGGACGGGAUCACGCCUCGGCCAAGCCGCCGUACUCCUUCAGCAGCCUGAUAUUCAUGGCCAUAGAGGAGUCGGCGGACAAGAAGCUGCCGGUGAAGGACAUUUACGGCUGGAUCGUGGACAAGUUCCCCUACUACAGGACGGCCAGUGCGGGAUGGAGGAACUCGGUGAGGCACAAUCUGUCCUUGAGCAAGAGCUUCUGCCGCAUGGAGAGGAACAAAAGUCAGAUUGCCUCCCUCACAGCCUCAUGUUAUCCGCCCCCUCGCCCCACACUCCCAGCCCAGAUAAUCCCACUUUCGCCGACCACCCGGAUUUCCCCUUGACCCCGGACCACGAGGAGCUGGUGGCCAUCGAGCCGGUGGAAUACCAGGCGGAGGAUCUGGGCGGGGACUUGGACAAAGACCCCCUGGCCGACAGCGGCUACAUUGAGUUGCACUACUACCAGUCCCCGGAGUACCAGUACCUGGUUUUGCCCGACGAUACCGGGCUGGACCUGGAGACGGUGGAGAUCCUGCAGUUGGACACCGAGGCCCAGGAGGCGGCUGGCUCGCUGCUGGACUUAGCGGGGAGGGGCUACUAAUAAGAAUCGGAAGCGUUUUUGAGAAUUGUUUUAUUAUCAGGGACAACGUCACUGCCCAAUGAUUGCAAAAUUUGUAGAUUUCUGACAGGUUAGUGCAGAACUUUGUCAUUUGUGUUCAAGCACUUUCAAUGCACUAGUGUUUAAGCAUUUAUUCCCUAUCCUUGCCUCCUAGUGUGUGACACAUGUCUACUAGUUGGGUCAAGUAGGGUUACUAGUGCAGCAAGUUGUUGACAAGUAAGGUUUAAUCGUAACCUAAUAGGCCACAAGUAGCACUAGUAUUGGAAAAAACACUACUAGUGAAACAGUUAUGCUACUGGUGUGCCCUUGUCAUUCUACUAGUGCACUGAAUUGUCUUACUAGUCAGGACAAAGAGCGUACUAGUACCCUUAAGAUGGAUAUCGAAUACAUUCUCAAACAGCUUUAUUGAAAGCAUUUGUUAGAUAUCGUUGAUAAGGAGCAUACUAAUGUGUGACACAUGCCUGCCAGUUACUAUUGCAGCACAUAGGUUUACUAAUAAGGUUCAAUUGCAUACUAGUGGGCCAAAAGUGAGUGGCUCAUCGUCGUGACCCAGCCAGUUUUCGUCGCCCUGCGGUAACACGACAGCGUGUCCGAGUGUCAGUAAAAAAAAAAAGGCGAGGUGGAAGCUACCGUGGGAAAAUUGUAAUCCUGUCAAUGGUUCUGUUUUUUGUUUUUACAGUGAAGGCAGACAUGGAAUAAGUAGUUGAAAAACGCUAUUAGUAAGACACAGUCGUUCUACUAGUACACUGAAUUGUCUGAAUACUUGAGGACAAAGAGUGUACUAGUACAUUAAGCUGAAUAUCAAGGAUAUGAAAUAAAUGCUUAAACGGCUUUCCAUUGUCAUCCCCAGAACAGAAGAUGUCCUUCCAACUCAUGUAUCACAGAUGAUUCUUCAUAGAUUUCAUAGAUUCUUCAUAGCCUAUCCCAGCUAUCUUUGGGCGAGAGGCGGGGUACACCCUGAAUUGGUCACCAGCCAAUCGCAGGGCACAUAGAAACGAACAACCAUUCGCACUCACAUUCACACCUACGGGCAAUUUAGAGUCUUCAAUCAACCUACCACGCAUGUUUUUGGAAUGUGGGAGGAAACCGGAGUACCCGGAGAAAACCCACGCAGGCACGGCGAGAACAUGCAAACUCCACACAGGCGAGGCCAGAUUUGAACCCUGGUCCUCAGAACUGAGGCAGAUGCGCUAACCAGUCGUCCACCGUGCCGCCCAUAUUUAACACAUUUAAAGUAAUUCAAAAGUCAAUAGAAACCAAUUUGUGAAAUCUUUUCCAAAAAGAUAUCAUUUGAUGAGUUAUAGACAAUGUAGUCUGGUCACUUGAAAGUGACUCUGGAUCUUCACCAAACAAAUAAUGGGUGGAGAAACUUGGUGUGUGUAUGGUGUUGUUAUUUAAAUUAGCUAUUGCUAGUGACGACAGAUAAUUUUACUUUUUAACAUUUAGAGCUUCACUAGUAGUACUAGUAGCACACAGAUGUCACCUAGUGCAGUUUUGCUUCAUUAGUAAUGUUGUUAAUAUGCUAGGACACGACCUAGUCAUUCUACUUGUGUGCAGAAUUGUCAUACAGUACCGGAAAAAUACGUGACUUGUAAAACAGUCUUUCUACUAGUGUGCUGAAUUGUCUUAGUAGUCAGGAGAGUAAGUGUACUAGUACAUGGACAAUCCAGCACACUAGCAGGAUAUCAAAGUAAUGUUCAAACAGCUUUCCAAAUCCUUCAAAUUAAAAAGUCCAAUAGUGCAGUCCUCAAAAAAAUGGGUCUAAACUCUUAUCAUCCUUCCUGUCUCAACCACUUCUGAUGUGUGUACUAGUAUAGUGGCUAUACUAGUAUAGUUACCACUAUCAGUGGCUAUCCUCCAUAAUAUGCAGAGACCAUUGAAAACUUAUUAGAAUUCAGAUGACGUACAGCUGCUUUAUGUUACAGUGGCUCACCACUAUAGAAAGCUUUUAAGCAUUUGAUAAUCCUACUAGUGCGCUGAAUUGUCCAUGCACUAGUACACAUUAUCAUCACUCUUACAAUACAGCACGACUAAGACACACUAGUAGAUUGACUGGGUCUUAUAAAUAAUGUUUCUUCCACCACUUCCUUCCACUACUGUAUGACAUAUCUGUGCACUAGUAGAACAACAUUUGUUUCCAGUAUAUGACAUUUCUGCACACUAGUUGGAAAGCUACAUGUUACUUAAUGGCAAUUCAGUGCACUAGUAGAAUGACUGGUUCUGAGUAGUGACAUUCUUUUCCACUACUGCCUUCUGUGUACUAGUAGAUCGACUAGCGUGCACUGGUAGAACGACUGUCUUACCAGUAAUGUUUUUUGCCACUUCUGUAUGACAUGUCUGCACACUAGUAGGACAGGUCCAUGAUCUAGUGAAGCGCUGGCUGUUAUUUGAACGCACUAGUAGUACUAGUAUCAUGCAGUGUGUCAACUGCACAGUUUUGCCUCACUAGUAACACGUACUUGUCCUACUAGUAUGCCAAAGGAGGACAAAGAACGAACAAGUACAUGGACCAUAAGCUGCAUAUUGAAAUAAUGCUCGAACAGAUUUACAGAAAGCUGUUUUAUCAAAUCUCCUUGAUAAGGAGGCUACUAGUGCGUGACACAUUCCAGUCCCUUUUUUGUCAAUGAACACUCUGUCGCUUGUUCCCGAAGAUCCUUUUUUAGUCCUGUCCAACUGGAAAUGAAGGUGACAUAAAUCGUGUGUUCAUGUGAUUUUCUAACCACUUUUGAAAAGGUCACUGCCAUUUCGACACAGCCAAUAGUUCAUCUGAAUCCAUCUAAAUUCUAUUUUUACUUAAUACUUUUUAAAAUCUUAACAAAUAAAAUGUCAUUCUGUCAUUGUGACUUUAUUGUUGUGUUUCAGUUUUUAAUCAGGCAUGUCCUUUUCCAUCCACGUUACUUACUCAUGAAAAGUUAAUUCAUAGUUUGAGAACUGUAUAGGAAGACCAGAGCCCAGAUUCAAACCCCCAACCUCAGAACUGUGAGGUACUGCCCUAUAAUCUGAAUUCUUGUAAAUUAUAUUUUUGCUUCCACUCAGUGUUUUUAAUCAAAAAUCAAAUGUUCUGUUACUGUGAUUGUAUUCCCCCCCUUUUUUGGGGGGUUAUUUUGACCAAUUUUCAUUUUCAAAUAAAAUGCUCUAAAUGACAAUAUUGACAUUGUAUUUGGAAUCUGGGAGUUGUUAGUAGUUUAUAGAAUAAUACAUAAAUGUUCAUUUUUCGCAAACAUAUACCUGGAUAAAGCAAAAUAAGCGAAACUAGUGAGGAUAAGUGUUGAUAAGAUUAUUUUGCAGUAGGGUCUUAUUAUUUUUCCAGAGGUCUAUAUAUGUUAUAAUCAUGAAUAGAAAUAAAAUAUUGAAAAAAAUAUGGCAUACAUUUAGAUAAAUUAUAUAUAUAUAGCGAGAGAGAGAGACACAUAAUAUUUUAAAAUCCACUCCAGUUUUCCUUUAAGUCAUAGGUUAUUUUUAAGAUAUUUUUGACAUCAGAAUAAUGCUCAAGAUGGGAAAAAAAAGGUUUACGCAGGCUUCAUCAGUUCAUGCAGCAAG